AUGAACAUUCAAAACUACCGCGGAUCGCAGGAAUGGAACAAGCUCGAUGCAUCUGAUUAUAUUCAGCUUCCCGACACUCCUAAAUACAUGUCUGGUAUGAGCCUUCAAAGAGCUGCGCAACGUUGCCAAACAAGAAUGGUCGAGUUGAUCCGCAUUCAUAAUGAGCGCGCUGGGGCGCACAACAGAGCACUUCAAAGCCAACAACAGAAUGACGUGUGUGCACUAGAGGAAGAGGAAGAGGGUUCCGUUGCAGAAAAAGCCGAGUGGACAAGCACCAUUGUCGCUGUGAAGGCAAAGCAUGCAAGAGACGCUAAGGAGCAACUUCAAUCGCGAAAUGGGGUUGUGGGAGAGAAGAUAAACCGCAUUGCGGUGCAUUGUCCAGGCAAUCCACAUGAAGGAAUCGACCAAGGAAACAACUACGGAGGAACUCUUCACAUUCCUGAUUCAGAAAAUACUGCGGAUGCUGUCAGUUCAGCAUCCAAAUCGCAGCAUACUAUUUUCCAAAACCUCAUAUCACUUGAUAUCUUGCUAUCCUUAGAGCUCGCGAGCGUCGCCUGCUCACAACAAAACUUGAGUCCAUGCCAGUAA